CAACUCAGCAGCUCGCAACCAAUUUCCGUUCGGAUAUUCGUCCUGCUCUUUGCAGAUGCUCCAGCUCACAAUCUUGUGCGACCUGGGCGCCUCUCUUAGAAAAGCAGAAUUCUCUAACACUUGUGUUUCCCAGGGCUGAAAUUACAGUACUAGAGCUUAAGAUUUUUCGCUGCUCCAGAGCGCUCGGGAACAAGCAAUCUCUGCUUCAGUAGCUCCAUCUUUUGAACCCCUGAGACAACCAGAAGAGCUCGGAACAAGCGUCCGCCUACCAUGUCUGGACUCCUUGACAUCCUAACCCUGGGUAGUACUACCUCCAUCUGCCAGACCAAGUUCCAAGCUUCCCUCGCACAUGUCUCCCUGACCAAUAGAUUCCUUCCACCUCUGGCUUCUAUCACUGACACCGCUGUAGUGAAGAAUUCAACCGACCAGACCCAACCUUCAGCAAUGGAAGCUGCUUUUGUUGAGGCUGCUUAUAUUGAGUCUAGGAAGACUGCUGGUUUUGAACCCACCACGGAGGCAUCAGGCUUCAGCAGCACGGGUAAUUCCACGUGGGACAGCAUCGCUGGCCUUCAGUUGAUACGCCACGUCAGCAGCAACAUCCCUUGCAGCAGCUGCAGCUCGCAAAGCGACUCCUCCUGCGACUCGUUUUGCCUCGACGAAAUGGUGUCCGAGUUCAUCGAGGAAGACAGCGACGUCGCUGGUACCAGGAAACCCGCGUUCGAACCGUCAGUAGCAUCGGCAGCGCAAGACGGCCCACGACCAGCGAGAGAUGUCAGGGAGAAACGGGAGAGCCACGUGUACGACGCUCCUGCUGGCACGUGGCGGUGUCAAUUUUGUGGAGAUGCUUCGUGCAACGGCCAGGACUGCCAGCGGCUUACCAGUUACCAUGGCCAUCAUGUUACUCAACAGCGGGGUUCCAGCGUCGCGAGCAGCGAAAUAGAACGACUCGCUUCCAUGAUCGAGCCGCUCAGCUGCUGUGAGACCCCCGAGGAAUAUGCAGUGUUUGACGUCGUCAUCGCUGCCUUAGAGCAUGCAAGGACCCCAGCUGUUGACGUCAGCACAUGCAGCACCAGCAGCAGUGCUCGCAACGCGGUGGUGCACCAGCUGCGGAGGAGGGGGUACGAUGCUGCUGUGUGCUACUCUCAGUGGGACUAUUCCAACGGCGUGCCUGACGGCUCUCAUGAGUACUGUGACGUCAUCCUACAUUCAUCCUCUCCACACCGUCUGCCAGAGCGGCUCAUAGUUGACCUCGACUUCCGGGCGCAGUUUCAAGUCGCUCGCCCGACACCCCAAUACAGUUACAUCUUGCAGCUGACCCCGGCUUUUUUCGUCGGCUGCCCGGACCGGUUACACCGUCUCGUGGAGAUUCUAUCUGAGGCGAUGCGGCUGUCACUGCACGCCCAGGGCAUGCACGUGCCACCCUGGCGCCGGCACCAGUACCUUGCUGCCAAGUGGACAGCGGCUUACUCUCGCCAGUUCAGCGUCCCUGCAGAGUGCUCAAGUGAUUCUGGAGCAUCGGCUGCUGCCGCUGCUGCUGUUGCCUCCGCCGCAGCUGCUAGGACUGGUGCUCCUACAGCCACUGCGUUGAGCAGUCACCUGGAACUUCCAGCACAGCUGGAUCGAAGGAACUUGGGGUUUUCUCGUGCGCUCAGCCAUCAGAGCCACCAGCACAGGCCGAGGGCUGCUGUGGUGGGUCUGCUGGCGAGAGGGAUGCAGCAGCUGGCACUACAAGGCCAAGCGGUGGUUUGAGCUUCCCUUGUGGUCAAAAAGUUGGGAUUCCCAGGUUUUCUCACUGCACUUCAUCCGCACAGGCUGAGAGCAGCAGUGGCUGGUUUGCUGUGUACCUACAAUAAGUACACUGUGAACGUGAGGCUACUAUACUGAUGGCUGUGCUGACAGGAGCGUAACCUGAGCUUGGUUGGGCCUGUCGGUGCAGCAUCCAAUUUUGAGACCCAGUUAGGUAAGUAGUUUGAGAGGGCUACCACUGCAUGCAAGUUCAAUAUACCCAUGUCCAUACCCAUGUAUGCAUGUUCAAUGAUGUAAAGUAGAGGUCUUUCCCUUUUGCUGGGCUCCCACACACUGGAUUAAUGCAAUGCA